AUGUUAUGCAGCCUUGCCCUUUGUUCACUUGUUGUUGGAAAGUACUUUCCUACCUAUAAGCAGGCUUGCUACUUUGCUCAUGCACGGUUUAAAUACUGUGUUUAUUUUUGCGGCUUUGGUAAUGUUAUUUUGUGCUUUCGCUUUACCAUUUUGAGUGUACAACCACUUUUGACCCUCCUCUUUUUUGGGAGGUGUGUCCAAUGCACUCGGUAUCAGUGAUUAUGCACGUUUUUUCAUGGAACUUGGCUUUUUUCUAUACUGUUACUGCUGUCUUAUUUUUUUUUUAUUUUUCAAUUUCUUUUGUGGCUUCGUUGGGCCUGUUAGGCUAUAUAUAUCUUGAACUGCCUCUUCCAAUUGCAAGUACUAAGUAAUUUUCCAGACAACAAUGGCUGUGGAUGACGACGUCAAUGGCAUCACCAAUCCUCAGUCAGGUAUUGGAGCAGUUGAUCCUAUUUUAGACUUAGUUAACACAGGUCCGUAUGAUCAAAGACCACAAGUUCAAUUCACAAGUGUUUCUGUCCCUCUCACUUCGAGAGUGAGUUCCAAAAUCAAAGCAAAAAUUUGGGCAAAUGAAUAUAUUAAUUUCGGGUCGUUAUUGUCCGAUUCACCUCAGCAGGAGGGGAAAUACUCAUUAUCUAUGUCACCGUCAGUCGCCGGUUCUUCGAGCCAGCCU